AUGGCGUGGAAGGACAAAUCUACCAUAAACCCGACUUUGCGCACGAGAAUCAGUCCCUUUGGUGGAGCGUCCGAUCCCCAUGGCACCCAGAUGGCAAACUUGAUUUGCGCAAUUGAUCCGGGAUGCGAGUUCUAUGUGGCCAAGGUUACUGAGGGACGCCACGGCAUCUCACUAAGACGGGUAGCUGGUGCCAUCGAGUGGGCCAUGAGCAAAGACGUGGAUGUCAUUUCUAUGAGCUUUGUAAUGCUAGAAGAGUUCAAAAAUCUGGGAACAGUCUGCACUUGCGCCUACGAAAAAGGCAUCGUGAUGCUAUGCAGCUACCACGAUCAGGUUGAACAUCGCCUUGAGAUCGAUUCCUUACCUCGAGUCACUCGAUCGAAUAUCUGGCAGCUCGGUGGCAACCGAAAUCGCGGCGGAUUUAAGUUCACUGAUUCUGCCCUGUUAUAG